AGUGUACAAAAUUUCCACCUUUUUGCUUUGCAAAGUUAUUAAGGCAUUAACAAGUGUUGGAACAAAUAUUGAGACAUGCCUUCAAUGGCUGCUAAUAAUUUUUCAAGAAACACUCAUCAUCAGCAAACAAAAGGGGACUUUUUUGCCAGGAAGCAAAAGAUUGAGCAACAGAGAAAAAAUUUACCAAUUGCUGCAGUUGAAAGGAGACUCUUGGAGGAGGUGCGGAACAAUGACACUCUGAUAAUUGUUGGAGAAACCGGAAGCGGAAAGACAACUCAAAUACCUCAGUAUCUUUUUAAAGGAGGAUUUUGCCGUGAUGGUGGUAUCAUUGGGAUAACUCAACCUAGACGUGUGGCUGCUAUCACUGUUGCUAAACGUGUUGCUGAGGAAUGUGGAGUUCCGUUGGGUCAAAAGGUUGGAUAUGCUAUUAGAUUUGAAGAUGUAACUUCUGGCCAAACAAAGAUCAAAUAUAUGACAGAUGGUUUGCUUCUGAGGGAAGCAUUAUUGGAUCAAUACCUCUCCAAGUAUUCUGUUAUUAUUGUUGAUGAGGCGCACGAGCGGACUAUCCAUACUGAUGUAUUGCUUGGCUUGUUAAAGAAUGUACAGAAAGCAAGGUCAAAAUCUAUUAAUGGACUGGUAAAUACUGAUCAUAAUAAUUCUACUAACAGUCAUGCCUUGGCGGAAAGGACUGACAAUCAGAAUGACGGGAAAAAGUACAACCCAUUGAAAUUGAUCAUCAUGUCAGCCAGUCUGGAUGCACGAGUUUUCUCCGAGUACUUUGGUGGUGCAAGAGCUGUUCAUGUUCAGGGACGGCAGUUUCCUGUCGAUAUAUUCUACACGCAUAAGCCUGAGACAGAUUGCAUAGAUGCAGCUUUGAUUACUAUAUUUCAGAUACAUCUAGAGGAGGGUCCAGGUGAUGUACUUGUAUUCCUUACUGGUCAAGAAGAGAUUGAAUCAGUUGAGAGGCUUAUCCAUGAACGCGUCCGACAAUUACCUGAAUGCAGUAGGAAGCUCUUAACUUUUCCCAUAUUCUCAUCACUUCCCUCUGAGAAGCAAAUGAAAGUUUUCAUGCCUUCACCAGCUGGAUAUCGUAAGGUGAUACUGGCAACAAAUAUUGCUGAGACAUCGGUGACUAUACCUGGAAUUAAGUAUGUUGUUGAUCCUGGACUGGUGAAAGCACGGACAUAUGAUCCUAAGAUGGGAGUUGAUUCAUUGAUCAUUGUCACAACAUCUAAAGCUCAAGCUCUGCAAAGGAGUGGGCGUGCAGGACGUGAAGGACCUGGGAAAUGCUAUCGUCUGUAUCAAGAAAGUUUCUUUGAGAAACUUACAGAUUCUACAUUACCUGAGAUUAAGAGAUGUGAUCUCUCGAAUGUUGUAUUGCAGCUCAAGGCUCUAGGCAUUGAUGAUGUCAUUAACUUUGACUUCAUUGAAAAACCAGACAGGACUGCGAUAGUCAACUCACUAUGGUCUCUCUACUUGUUGGGUGCUGUAACAGAAGAGAAUAAACUUUCAGACGUUGGACAUCAAAUGGCCAGGCUACCCCUUGAUCCAGUCUAUUCUAAGGCUCUAAUUGUUGCUAGCCAAUUCGGCUGCUUGAAAGAAAUGUUGAUUUGUGUUGCUAUGCUUUCGGUGGAAUCUAUUUUCUAUGCACCACGUGAAAAGUUGGAAGAGUCACGAAAUGCGUUGAAAAGCUUUGCAAGUCCAGAGGGGGAUCAUUUGACAUUGCUUAAUGUAUUCCGUGCUGCUGAUGAGUUCCUUCAGAAGAACAAGACAGUAAAUAGUGUAGAAAAGGCUGAAAAGAAUCUUCGAAAAUGGUGCAAGGAUAAUUAUAUUAACAGCCGCUCUCUAAAACAUGCUCGUGAUAUCCACAGUCAAAUUCUGAGGAAUGUUGAACAAAUGGGUCUUCGUGUCACUUCUUGUGAAGAUGAUACGCUUCUCUUCCGCAGAUGCCUUGCUGCCUCGUUUUUCCUUAAAGCAGCUAUGAAGCAACCUGAUGGUGCAUACAGGGUCACAUUAAGUGGUUUGAUAGUUCAAAUACACCCCUCUUCCGUCUUGUUCCGAGCCAAGCCAGAGUGUAUAGUUUUUAAUGAACUAGUCCAUACUAAUCAUAGUUAUGUCCGUAAUGUUUCUAGAAUCGAUUAUUUGUGGCUCAUUGAGCUGGCUCCCCACUUGUAUGCCGUGCAAGACUAAAUGUGUUUACUACCAUAUUAUUAUUUAUAUUGGUAAGAGAUCCCUUCCUUCAUUGUCA